GCCGAGGCCCAUUAACGAUGCAAUUUGCUGGCCUUUGUUCUCUUUCCGUGUCCCCCUCUUCUCCUCCGUCGCCGGAGAAAAGUCAAAUGUCGAGGGCGGCGGCGGCGGCGGCGGCGGCGAGAAAGGUCACCGGGAUCGCUCAGUUGCGCGCUCCACCGGCCUCGACCGGUGGUCUUCUCUACCGCUCGUAUGGAGGCGGCUCCGGCGGAAGCCGAAAGAGGUCGAUGCCUCGGAGGGUCUUGUCGAUCGGGGCCAUCAGCCUGGCUGGGGGCCUCGUGCUCAGCGCCGUCAACGACCUCGCCAUCUUCCAUGGAUGCACAACUAAAGCAAUUGAGAAGGCUGCUGAUAACCAAAAGGUUGUCGAGGCAAUUGGGGUGCCUCUAGUCAGGGGACCGUGGUAUGAAGCAUCUCUUGAGGUCGGCCACCGACGCAGGUCUGUUUCAUGCACAUUCCCUGUAUCUGGGCCACACGGGUCAGGCUUUUUCCAAAUUGAGGCAACUCGUAAUGGAGAGGACGGUCUGCUUUCCUUUCUGCGGCAUCAUGACUGGGAGAUCCUUACCUUGGAGGCUCAUCUGCAUGUACCUUCAGAUGAUGAGCAGCAGAAGACGCUGGUGAAGGUGAAUCUUGAAAGCAAUGGUGGUGGGCAAUGUAGUGAUCCUGAGAGUGGGAGUUAGGUUGCCAUAUUCUCAUAUCAGUUCUUGAUAUGCUUUUCAAGGGUCUGGUCAUUGAUCAAUGAUCAAUCUAUGUGCUUGGUAUGUACUGAAUUUGGUGGUGGGCUGAUAAUGUGUUUUCUGAAGGUGGAUUCAUCCAAGCUAGUAUGUGUAUUAACUGAAUGGCCCAAAGAGAAGAGUAGUUGUCCUUGUUCCAAAAUUAGCAGCAGCUGCUGCAGCAACCUGCAAGCACACAACCAUGCACGCAGCCAUAUGCUAUUUGUGGCCAGCCAUUAGUUAUAUUGGUCCAGUUUUGGCGGCCAGGGUGCUGGCAACAAGACAACUGCAUUAUUCACUUUCUAGGUGACCUGUUAUUGAUUCGUUUGUUGCUGCAGUUUCUUCCGGGGCCAAGCCUCCAUCCAAUUGGAUCAUUGCUGCCUGCGAUCGCCACUCACCUUGCCGGCUGGCGGAGCGCACGGCUCGCCGCUGCAUUGGCAUUGCACCCAGCAUCGGGUGUCGUCGUUCUAGACAAUCCCAUAUCCGAUUGGAUUGGAUUGGACUGAAUGCUUGGGCAAAUUCGAAUCGAAUUUGCUCAAGCAUUCGUCUCGAUUCCCGACCGGUAGCUCACCAGUCGGAACCGGCUGAGGCGACGGCGAUGGGCAUCUUGUGUUGCUUCCAGUCCCACGCUGGUGGCGGGGGUGGCCAUGGUCAGGAUGUUCCUUCCUCGUCGGCGGCUUCUCCGUCCUCUGCCACCUCGUGGAGCGGACACAAGGAUCGUCCUCUUCCCGAGCGCAACAACAGCGUUGAUUACAGCAACCUCGUCGCCCUCGUCAACGAGAUCGUCGGCGACUCAGUGAGCUACCGCCACAAGCGCGUGGCCGAGGAGAUCCUCAAGAUGGGCAAGGCCGGCAAGGUGACGGCGCGCGCCUUCACGUACGCGGAGCUGUUCGAGGCCACCGGCGGGUUCCGGCCGGAGUCGCUGCUGGGCGAGGGCGGCUUCGGCCCCGUGUACCGUGGGCGGCUGCCCCCCAAGUCGACGGGCCCGGAGGUGGCCGUCAAGCAGCUGGACCGCAACGGCAUGCAGGGCACGCGCGAGUUCCUGGUGGAGGCGCUGAUGCUGAGCCUGCUCAAGCACCCGCACCUGGUGACGCUGCUGGGCUUCUGCACCGACGCCGACCACCGCAUGCUGGUCUACGAGUACAUGCCGCUGGGGUCCCUGGAGGACCACCUGCUGGACCUGCCGCCGGGGCGCGCGCCGCUCGAGUGGGCCACGCGCAUGCGCGUCGCGCAGGGCGCCGCGCGGGGGCUCGAGUACCUGCACGACACCGCGCAGCCGCCCGUGAUCUACCGCGACUUCAAGGCCUCCAACAUCCUGCUCGACACCGGCUUCCGCGCGCGCCUCUCCGACUUCGGGCUCGCUAAGGUCGGGCCCUCCGGCGACAAGACCCACGUCUCCACGCGCGUCAUGGGCACCUACGGCUACUGCGCGCCCGAGUACGCUCUCACCGGCAAGCUCACCACCAUGUCCGACGUCUACAGCUUCGGCGUCGUCUUCCUCGAGAUCAUCACCGGCCGCCGCGCCAUCGACACCACCAGGCCGCCGGACCAACACAACCUCGUGCUCUGGGCGGGGCCGCGCUUCAAGAACAAGCGACGGUUCGCCGAGAUGGCCGACCCGAUGCUCCAGGGGGACUACCCCACCAAGGGCCUCCACCAGGCGCUCGCCAUCGCUGCCAUGUGCCUCCAGGAGGACGCCACCAUGCGCCCCGCCAUCAGCGACGUCGUCACCGCGCUCGAGUACCUCACGGUCGCAGGCGGAGGCGGAGGAGGCACCGAUAUCGAUGACGAGCAGGGUCCGGAUCCCGAUGAGCAGCAGCAAACCGACGACGACGCGCAAGCGUAACUUGUCCGAUGGAAAUUCGAAGGGAAUUCCGAGGCGUGAAUUGCCCAUAAAUGGUCACUGUAUGCAUGCAUAUAUGUGUACGUAAAUUCGUACAUAUAUACUGUGUCGUUGCAUGUGUAUAUCCCAUCGAUCGAUCGAUGAAAGGAGGACUUUCACACGACAAAAUUGUAACGCCUAUUGUUACAUGAGGACAACUGAUGUAUAUUCUUUUCGGACAAAUAUAUGA